GCCCUAUUUUGUAGCAACAGGAGUGUUAACAAAAAAAAAAAAAAAGCUGCGGCAAUAUCAACUAUGUAAUUAAUGUUGCUUUGGAAUUGUCUGUGGACUGCACUGCAUAUGACAGAUCUUUCCAAUAGUAUAUUCCAAGAAGAUCCUAUUUUAGAAAACAAAUUGGAAUCUCAUGUCAAAAUUUAUAUAGUUACAAUUUACAAACAAGUUAAGCAAAUCAAGUGAUCUGUAUCAUCAUCAUCAUCAUCACCAUCAUUCAUCAUGCAUCAUGUCUGCAUCUGUUACUUUGCUUUCUAGAGUUACUAUAUCUUAGUCAGUGACUAUAUAGUAAUAAAAUCAUGAGAUGCAGUGUGAUAAUUCUUCUAUUGGCGUUAUUGAGCUUAAACAAAUUUUGUGAGUCAACCUCAUCUUGUAAAGCAUGGCUAGUGCAAUCUAUCCCGACCGAUAUGCCUCACCUCUCCCAUGUUCCAGGAGUACUCUCCACCGGGGAUGUGCUCCGUUGGAUGGCUGCAAACUCAACUCGUAGACUUGAUGUUAUUGCUCAGUACUGGCAGCUACUAGCUUCGCCUGAUGAUCCUCGCUCUGGUGAUUACGGUUAUUCUCAAGAUCAGAUGCAUAAAUUUGGUGUUCAUCAAGGUGCUGCAGUUUAUCAAGCAUUAGAUGAUGCUGCAGACCGUAAUGUUAAUAUUAGGUUACUGUCUCAUUCUGGUGUUUAUCCAACAUUUACUUUAGAACCAUCCAAACUUGCUUCUGGAAGGCCAAAUGUUAUGAAUGUGACUUUGCUACUGAAGGAUUGGUGGGGCUCUGGUAUUGUCCAUGCCAAAGUUUGGAUUUCUGAUAAUAGGGAUGUCUAUAUUGGAUCUGCAAACAAUGACUGGAAAUCUCUUACACAGGUCAAGGAAGUUGGAAUUUAUCUUGCUGAUUGUCCUGGAAUAGCUAAAAAAGUUGAGGUCUACUUUAACAAUUUAUGGACACUAGCAUCUCUCAAUUCUUCAGCUUACACAAAAACAGUGAUGGAUCAACAGUGGCAAGUCGAAAGAAAGGUUCCUUGUUGGUCACAUUUCAUCCAACCUAGAGAUAGGUGCAAGUCACCUCUUCCUCAAUAUGUGAAGACACCUCACGUUGCAGGAUAUCCUAUUCUGUCUGACCCUUAUAUGUUUGAAGCUUCAAUUCAAACUCCUGGGAGUAACUAUUCAACAAAGCUUCCCCAAGUCAAUUAUCUCUCCUUUGCUCCCCCAGAGCUAUCAUUUGGCAGUUAUCAGAGUGAUGAGCAGGCAUGGAUUGAUACAAUUAAAUCUGUUGGAACAAGGGAGACAGUUAGAAUCAAUACCAUGGACUGGUUAGGUCAGUCACAAUUUACAGACCAAACAAUUUUCUGGUCAUCUUUAUCGUCUGCAAUAUCAGAGGUUGUGUUUUCCAAGCAUGCAACAGUAAAGAUACUGGUAGCAUAUUGGGCACACUUCAUCAAUAGCACAGAUGAGUACUUGAAAUAUCUUCUCUACACCAACAAUCUAUGCUCUUCUUCCAAAUACAACAAAUGUUCUGGUAAAGUUGAGAUCAAAUAUUACGUGGUACCAGGUUUCAACAAUACAGGACCUGCCAUUCAGGGUGGAAAUAGUACAGGAAAUUUAUAUCCUGAUUUUACAAGAGUCAAUCACGGAAAAUAUGUAGUUAGUAAUGUAAGGGCUCAUAUUGGGACAAGUAACCUUGUAUGGGACUAUUUCUAUGUUACAGCAGGUGUUAGUUUUGGGACAUACAACACUGCCGUUGUAUCUCAACUUAGGGAAAUAUUUAAUGCUGAUUGGAACUCGCCAUAUGCUGUUCAUGUUCAAGAGCUAGAGAGAGCCUAUAUUUCUAGUUUCAAAUAGAUAUCUCACGAAUGAAAGAAAAAACUGAAUAAACCAAUGUACUCCCAAGGAUUAGUAGAAGAUAGAUUUAAAUUAAUCUAAUAAGAUUUAUUUUUAGUAUAUUAUUUCAAUAA